AUGCGCCUUUUCUCAACAGGUGUCUGUACACCCGAGCCGCAGCAGCUGCAGCAGCUGGUCAUGCGUUGGCAGCGCUGCGAGGGUCUUUGUUUUGCUGCUGUUGCUGCGCGCAUGCAGCAAGACGCAGCAACAGCAGCAGCAGCAGCAGCAGCAGCAGCAGCAGCAGCAGCAGCGGCGGGCGCGCAGGGCGAGAUCACACUGCAGCAGCUGCAGCAGCAGCAGCAGCUAAUCAAAACGGCCGAAGCGAGAGCAGAAACAGCAGCAGCCAAAACCAAGCUGCUGCAGCAGCACUGCGGCGACGUCUGCCUGCAGCAGCUAGCCCAUCUUUUACCAGAAGCUUGA